UCGGAAAAGCGUCGAAAGUCAGGGAGAGAGAGAGGGAUCCAUGGAUCUAGAUCUAGCUUUCAUCGAAACUUCUAGAUCUGGGUCAGUAAUCCUCGCAGACUUGAAGAAAUCUAUGCACGCACUGCAGCACUAGGAAUUGUGCGCGUCCAACAGCUGGGACGCUUGCUUCUCUGUGCCAACGUCGUUGCAGCAUCUCAGAGCCAGCUUUGGUUGACACCGUCGUUGUUUAGGUUUUGUCUGGACGAGGUCGGUAACUUGGUGUUCGGGGUUUGUUGUUGGCAUCAAGUGCGCAGUUGGGCUAUGGUGGAUGUUGAUGGAUUUGUAUCAGUUGCGUCGUCGUCGUCGAUGCAGCCUGAGUUGUGGUGCCAACUUCCGGCUGAAAUUCAAUACCAAGUGCUGCUGCGCCUUCCCGUGGUCGAGCUCCUGCGGUUCGCAAGUGUUUGUAAGCAAUGGAGGAAGUGGACGACUUCGGCUGAUUUCCGAAGGCGUUGUCUCAAUCCCCGUGCCGGACCUUAUCUCCUUGCCAUUCGUUCGUUGUAUGAUCUCCGCUUUGCCCCCGUUUUGAGCUCCGAUGGUAGCAACUGGCAUGGUCUCGACCUAACGUUUCUGUACAAUGCUCUUAUCAAGAAGAACUGCGUGCAAAUCCUCUCAGCUAGUUCGGACGGAGGUCUUCUAUGUGUCGGCGCAGUUCGAGCUCACCAGGAUCCACUCGAAAAAUAUGUCAUUUUGGUUUGUAACCCUCUCACCAAGAGCUGGAAAUGUCUUCCCCAGUAGCGGAAUGAAACGAAUGAGGUCGUCGGGAAUCUGCUCUAUCUGAGUUUACAACAAAUUUUCAUUCGAGCAGACAAAUCAUCGUCAUCGUACAAGAUUUACGUCGUUUUCAACCGAUGCGUUGUUGUGUACAAUUCAAUGCUCGAUGCGUUCCAAGUUCUGCCUGUGCACAGACAUAUUGCCGACGUCGAUAUAGUCUGGACUGCAUUUGUGCGAGACACUUACUGUCUCUAUUGUAAGAGCGGAUAUGAUAUUUUAGUUCAUAUUUGUGACAUAGAAUCAAUGGUACCGAAAUUAACGGGUUUCUCGAUGGAUUAUCAUCUUUACAAGUUUUUGGUGUACGACGACCGACUGUUCUGUGCAACUGUUGGCGCGGGUGAUUGUAGAGACGCUGAUGAGGAUCAGUACUUCCCCCUCGAAGAAUGGGAACUUUCAAGCGAAUUCCCCAUCGAGCUCGGAUGCAUUGUUAUUUACGAGACUGAAGGUUGGCAGGUGUUUGAUUUGGUCGAGCACAAGGGUUACAUACUGAUGGGAGUAUACACCAAUUCCGACAAACAGUGUCGCUGGUUGGAGGUCCCUGCUGGUAUUCCACGCGUUGAGUCUGUUGGAAAGUGCCGCUUCCCAGCUUUGCCAGAUCUGGUAACGUGGAAUGCAACCGCAGUCGAAAGUUUCACGAGUUGGAAAGUUGUGAUUUGCAAUUUCCACUUCGAUCUCAUGGCUGAAGUGCAGCAUCUUCGGAUAAUACUUACAGCGUGGAAACAGCAACAACAUAGUGAAGAUUUUCAGUCUCUGAAAGCAGGAUAACGAAAACCUCAACUAUAAGGUUUACACGCAACAAGUAGAGACAGAUGCUCCGUCGCAAGCAGUUACUAUACAGUUGUGAUUCAUACUGCAAAAUCACCCCUGCACAACAACCCAUUUCCAACAACCCAUUUUUAGGCAAACUAAGGUACUGGACUGAUUGUCAACCACCCCCAUUUCCAACAUAUAGGGUGUUGUAUUUUGAACCACCCUCUAUUUGCAACAUAUAGAGUGUUGUAUUUUGAACCACCCUCUAUUUGCAACAUAUAGAGUGUUGUAUUUUGGUUAGUACAGUGACAAGGUUUGAAAUUGAUUUGGAAAAAAUCCAUUUCCAUUCAUUGGAAAUAGGUUGUAGGUUGGUUAAUAAUGUUAACUUGUGAGCAAUAUAUAAAAUUCAUGUGACAAUUGUUGAUUGGUUGGUGUAGAGUCAUAGUAUAAUUAGGUGCCAGACUUUUCUUAAUAGUAUCAAUAAUUGCUAUACAUUAUUAUUUUGUAAAAGUUGGAUUCUUGGUUUA